CGGGUCCCGCUCACCCACCCCGGGUCGGCCGCGGCUGCGGGAGGCGGAGCGGAGCCAGCGGGUUGUGGCUGUACUAACACCAUUACUGGUUUGCCACUCUUAGAGUGUCCCCUUCUCGCAGUAUCUGUGCUUGCCCAUCAGACACUAUGAGGAGAUUGGCUUUUCGAGGUGCUGGUUCUACUCUGGUAAAUCUGAAGAAGUUGGAUUCCAUGGGUUCCAAGAGGCGAAGAGCUACCUCUCCUUCCAGCAGCGUCAGCGGUGGAGACUUCGAUGAUGCCCAUCACUCCACCAAUAUACCAGGCCCAAGCAGGAAGAGGAGGAGACUUUCCAAUCUCCCAACUGUAGAUCCUAUUGCUGUCUGCCAUGAGCUCUACAACACCAUCAGAGACUACAAAGAUGAGCAGGGCAGGCUCCUUUGUGAGCUCUUCAUCAGGGCACCCAAGAGAAGAAAUCAGCCAGAUUAUUAUGAAGUGGUUUCUCAGCCAAUUGAUUUAAUGAAAAUCCAACAAAAGCUGAAGAUGGAGGAAUAUGAUGAUGUGAAUGUGCUGACUGCUGAUUUCCAGCUUCUCUUUAACAAUGCAAAGGCUUACUAUAAGCCAGAUUCUCCUGAAUAUAAAGCUGCCUGCAAACUGUGGGAGCUGUAUUUGCGCACAAAAAAUGAAUUUGUUCAGAAAGGUGAUGCUGAGGAGGAUGAUGAUGAUGACGAAGGACAUGACAAUCAAGCAAAUUCUGAAUUAUCAUCUCCAGGUUACCUGAAGGAAAUUCUGGAACAGCUUCUUGAAGCUGUAGCUGUUGCCACAAACCCCUCAGGACGCCUCAUAAGUGAACUGUUUCAGAAACUUCCUUCUAAAGUGCAAUAUCCAGAUUAUUAUGCAAUAAUAAAGGAACCCAUAGAUCUUAAAACUAUUGCCCAAAGGAUACAGAAUGGAACUUAUAAAAGCAUUCAUGCCAUGGCCAAGGACAUAGAUCUUCUGGCAAAGAAUGCCAAAACCUACAAUGAGCCUGGAUCCCAAGUAUUCAAGGAUGCAAAUGCGAUUAAAAAGAUAUUUAAUAUGAAAAAAGCUGAGAUUGAACACAGUGAGUUGGCCAAGUCAAGUCUCCGAAUCAGGACUGCAUCAAAUUUGGCUGCUUCCAAGCUGACAGGUCCUUCCUCACAGGGUAAAGGCAGUGUUGGGGAUGAGAGAAAUUCUUCUAACAAAUAUUAUCGUAACAAAAGAUCAGCCCAAGGGGAUCGUUUAUCAGCAAUAACCAUGGCAUUACAAUAUGGAUCAGAAAGCGAUGAGGAUGCAGCUUUGGCUGCUGCUGCUCGUUAUGAAGAGGGAGAGUCUGAAGCUGAGAGCAUUACCUCCUUCAUGGACACUUCUAAUCCUCUUUACCAGCUUUAUGACACUGUUAGAAGUUGCCGUAAUAACCAGGGCCAGCUCAUCUCUGAACCCUUUUUCCACUUGCCCUCCAAGAAAAAGUAUCCUGAUUAUUAUCAGCAGAUUAAAACUCCCAUUUCAUUGCAGCAGAUCAGAACCAAGCUGAAGAACCACGAGUAUGAAACUUUAGAUCAGUUGGAGGCAGAUCUGAAUUUGAUGUUUGAAAAUGCCAAGCGCUACAAUGUCCCCAAUUCUGCCAUCUAUAAAAGAGUGCUGAAAAUGCAGCAGGUUAUGCAAGCAAAGAAGAAGGAGCUUGCUAGGAGAGAUGACAUUGAGGAUGGGGACAGCAUGAUUUCUUCUGCUACAUCUGAUACUGGAAGCUCAAAAAGGAAAAGUAAAAAGAACAUACGAAAGCAGCGGAUGAAGAUCUUGUACAACGCAGUUCUGGAAGCUCGAGAGCCCGGCACAGGCAGGCGGCUCUGUGAUCUGUUCAUGGUUAAGCCAUCCAAAAAGGACUAUCCAGACUAUUAUAAAAUUAUCCUGGAGCCAAUGGACUUGAAGAUGAUAGAGCACAACAUCCGCAAUGACAAGUACGCGGCGGAGGAGGCCAUGAUUGAGGACAUGAAGCUCAUGUUCCGGAACGCCAGGCAUUACAACGAGGAAGGCUCCCAGGUAUACAAUGAUGCCCAUAUGCUGGAAAAAAUCCUUAAAGAAAAAAGGAAAGAGCUGGGACCCUUGGCUGAAGAUGACGAUGUUGCAUCCCCUAAACUAAAGCUAAGUAGGAAAAGUGGCAUUUCUCCCAAGAAGUCCAAGUACAUGACUCCAAUGCAGCAGAAGCUGAACGAGGUGUACGAGGCUGUGAAGAACUACACGGACAAGCGCGGGCGGCGGCUGAGCGCGAUCUUCCUGCGGCUGCCGUCCCGCUCCGAGCUCCCCGACUACUACGUCACCAUCAAAAAGCCUGUGGACAUGGAAAAGAUCAGGAGCCACAUGAUGGCAAAUAAAUACCAGGAUAUAGACUCCAUGGUGGAGGACUUUGUCAUGAUGUUCAAUAACGCUUGCACGUACAAUGAACCAGAGUCUUUGAUUUAUAAAGAUGCCCUGGUCCUUCACAAAGUUUUGCUUGAAACACGGAGAGAAAUAGAAGGAGAUGAGGAUUCUCAUGUGCCCAAUGUCACUUUGCUGAUUCAGGAACUCAUCCAUAACCUCUUUGUAUCUGUUAUGAGCCACCAGGAUGAUGAGGGCAGAUGCUACAGCGACUCCUUAGCUGAGAUUCCUGCUGUUGAUCCCAACUUCCCAAAUAAACCUCCUCUGACUUUUGAUAUUAUCCGAAAAAAUGUUGAAAAUAAUCGCUAUAGAAGAUUGGACUUGUUCCAGGAGAACAUGUUUGAGGUACUGGAGAGGGCACGGAGAAUGAACAGGACUGAUUCAGAGAUCUAUGAGGAUGCAGUAGAACUUCAGCAGUUCUUCAUUAAAAUUCGAGAUGAACUGUGUAAAAAUGGAGAGAUUCUGCUGUCACCUGCUCUCAGCUACACCACCAAGCAUCUUCACAACGAUGUAGAAAAGGAAAAGAAGGAAAAGCUGCCCAAAGAAAUAGAGGAGGAUAAGCUCAAAAGGGAGGAGGAGAAAAGAGAAGCUGAAAAGAGUGAAGAUUCCUCUGGAUCAGCUGGGCUGUCAAAUUUGCAUCGGACCUACAGCCAGGACUGCAGCUUCAAGAACAGCAUGUACCAUGUGGGGGAUUAUGUGUAUGUGGAGCCUGCAGAGGCCAACUUGCAGCCUCACAUCGUCUGCAUUGAGAGGCUGUGGGAAGAUUCAGCUGGAGAGAAAUGGCUCUAUGGCUGCUGGUUUUAUCGACCAAAUGAAACUUUUCACCUUGCAACACGAAAAUUCCUGGAGAAAGAAGUUUUUAAAAGUGAUUAUUACAAUAAAGUUCCUGUUAGUAAAAUUUUAGGCAAAUGUGUGGUCAUGUUUGUCAAGGAAUAUUUUAAAUUGUGCCCUGAAAACUUCAGAGAUGAGGACGUUUACGUGUGUGAGUCGCGCUAUUCUGCGAAGACAAAGUCUUUUAAAAAGAUUAAACUGUGGACUAUGCCUGUGAGCUCUGUCAGAUUUGUCCCACGAGAUGUGCCCCUGCCUGUGGUCAGAGUCGCUUCUGUGUUUGCCAAUACAGACAAAGCAGAUGAGGAGAAACACAGUGAAACACUGGAGGACAGUAAGGUGGGAGAAAGUAUCCUUCAUCUUGAAAAGGACAAAGAAGAUGUUCCAGUAGAAAUGUCCAAUGGGGAACCUGGUUGCCAUUACUUUGAACAGCUCUGCUACAAUGACAUGUGGCUGAAGGUUGGGGACUGUGUCUUCAUAAAAUCACACGGCCUGGUGCGGCCUCGAGUAGGAAGAAUUGAGAAGAUGUGGGUGCGAGAUGGAGCCGCAUAUUUCUUUGGUCCAAUCUUUAUACAUCCUGAAGAAACUGAGCAUGAGCCAACUAAAAUGUUCUACAAGAAGGAGGUGUUUUUGAGUAACUUGGAGGAGACCUGUCCCAUGACUUGCAUUUUGGGAAAGUGUGUCGUUCUGUCAUUCAAAGACUUCCUCUCCUGCAGACCAACAGAAAUCUCCGAAAACGAUGUUUUUCUUUGCGAGAGCCGCUACAACGAAAGUGACAAACAAAUGAAGAAAUUCAAGGGGUUGAAGAGGUUUUCACUGUCUGCAAAAGUUGUAGAUGAUGAAAUAUACUAUUUUAGAAAACCCAUAGUUCCUCAAAAAGAGCCAUCUCCUCUACUGGAAAAGAAGAUUCAGCAGCUGGAAGCAAAAUUUGCUGAGUUGGAAGGAGGUGAUGAGGACAUGGAAGAGAUGGGAGAAGAGGAAGGUGAUAUGACUGAAACACCUUCUAUGCCUCAGCUUCAGGCCCCCUUAGCCAGUGAUUUGGAUAUAAUGCCUUAUACUCCACCACAGUCCACUCCCAAGUCUGUUAAGGGCAGCACCAAGAAGGAGGGAUCAAAAAGGAAGAUCAACAUGAGUGGGUACAUCUUGUUUAGCAGCGAGAUGAGAGCUGUGAUUAAAGCUCAGCACCCAGACUACUCCUUUGGAGAGCUCAGCAGACUUGUAGGAACUGAAUGGAGAAACUUGGAAGCAACAAAGAAAGCAGAAUAUGAAGAGCGGGCAGCUAAAGUUGCUGAGCAGCAGGAGAGAGAGCGAGCAGCACAGCAGCAGAAUUCCUCCCCCCGGGCAGGCACUCCUGUCGGGGCUCUUAUGGGGGUGGUGCCGCCACCAACACCAAUGGGAAUGCUCAAUCAGCAGUUGACACCCGUUGCAGGCAUGAUAAGUGGCUAUCCACCGGUGCUGCCACCUUUGCAGGGCCCAGUUGAUGGCAUUGUUAGCAUGGGCAGCAUGCAGCCACUUCACCCAGGGGUGCCCCCACCCCACCAACUCCCGCCAGGUAUGCCAGGCAUCCCAGGCAUCCCACCACCCGGUGUUAUAGGCCAAAAUGUGUCCCCUAUGGUAGGCACUCCAGCACCAGGAGCAAGUCCUUUUGGACAGCAGAUGGGGAUCCUGGGCCCGCCAGGCCAGCAGGCGCCCCCGCCGUACCCAGGGCAGAGCCCUGCCAGCCAGCCCGUCAUGCAGCAGCCCAGCACCCCCAUGUUCGUCUCCCCUCCACCAAAGACACAGAGGCUCCUCCAUUCUGAAGCCUACCUGAAAUACAUCGAGGGGCUCAGUGCUGAGUCAAACAGUAUCAGCAAGUGGGACCAGACCCUUGCAGCACGGAGACGAGAUGUGCACUUGUCCAAGGAGCAGGAGAGCCGCCUGCCCUCGCACUGGUUGAAGAGCAAAGGGGCUCACACCACCAUGGCCGACGCGCUGUGGCGCCUGCGGGACCUGAUGCUGCGCGACACCCUGAACAUCCGCCAGGCCUACAACCUGGAGAACGUGUAGGCACAGCAGCACUCCUGCUCCAGGAGUUCAUGGGACAAUAGCUGGUUUAGUUACUGGGUGGGAAGAGAUAACCAACAAUAAUUUGUAUUGCAUUUUACUGUACAUUGCAAGACCAUUUUUAUAUAAGGACACUUUUAAUAAGCAUAUUUCACUUUUUGUUAUAUUAAGUUGACUUUAUCAAAUACACAGAUUUUUUGCAUAUGUUUCCUUUGUUUGAAAGGCGAUUUCAUAAUUGGUUGAGUGUAGUCAAGGAUUCACCUUUCUUAUACUUUAUUGCUGAGAAUCUGAUGCCAUUGUUUUUAUAUAAAAAAAAAAAAGGAAAACAAAGUAUUUACAGAUUGAUACAGUGGAAUGUGAAUUAGUCAUAGUUUACAUCCUAUAAGAAUGUGUGUACCUGUGCUUGUGUGUGCUGGCCACUUUGGGCAGAACUGCUCGGGUGUGAACAGGGAGGAUCUCUUAAAAGAAGCUAAAGGUAAGAUAAGCUUUGGCACUAAGGAAAAUUGGCAUUCCAAGUCAACACUGAGAUGGCUGGGUGGGCCCCAGCAGCGCUGGAAGUGCUGGUUGGACAGGACAAGGAUGUCUCGACUGCUCAUGUUGUCCAGUCCUGUCCAGUUAUUUAACUGUGUAGCCAAGGCCAUUGUGAUCCUAAAUCAGUACCACAGUCCCUGUACUGGCAGGCCCUUAGAGAGGAAGUGUUUCAUCUGCCAUGGCCUGUGCUGGGGGUUCUGCGAUGUCCCCAGCACUGGGACAGGGAAGCUCCUUCCCUGAGAGAUUCUGUCUGUGCUGGAGGAGGUUCACAGAACUCGGAACCAGCCCAGGUUUUGGAAGGUAAGUUAGGGGAGAAAAGUGGAGUUGUUCUGUUAGUGAAGUAAUGUGAUGUUUUUUUAAAUUCACACAUACUCUGUUCAUGAUUGGGCAUUGUAAGACAUUUUUGUAUGCUUUCUUUAAGUGUAUUCAUUAACCUUAGUGAAAGUUCUGCAAUGCAAAUUUGAGUGAAAUUUGAUGCUUAAAUUAACCUGAAAGUAAAAUACUACUGUAUGGUAUGGUAUGUGUAAGGUCAGCAUACCCAGUACAUUGGAGAAAUAGAGUACUUGCAUUGCAGCCUUCAAAGGGUUUGGGUUGUUUUUUUUUCUUUUCUUUUUUUUUUUUUUCUUUUGUUUUUGUUUUUUUUAUCUAAGUAAAGUAGGUAUUGACUCUUCUUGCCAAAUUUCAAGGUUGUGGCUGCCUUCUGCUAAAGAUUUACCUGUCCUCAUAACUAACCAACCUUUUGGACUACAAAGUUAUUUGUUUAAAGGUAAAUCCUUUCAUUUAUUUAAUAUUGGGAAAAAAAUUAAUACUUUUGGAUUGCUUUUAGUAACUGGGAAAGCUCUAUGAAUUUGGGAAAAGUCAGCAGCAAUGUGGGCACUGCAACUCAGCCCAAAUUAACUGAUUUACUGAUACACUUCAUUUAUGCUAGAGAUGUUCAUCAUGUGGAAAUGAGUUCUAAAGUCUGUUAGUACAGAACAUUUUCAUUUCAGUAUAUUUGGCAGAAGGUUAAAUUAAAUAUUUUCCUUCAAAUACUGGAUAUCUUGGGGUUUGUUUUGCUGAUGUAAUUAAUACUCAUAAGGGAAGUGACACUUGCAAGUAUAAACUGUGAUUUAAUUUUACUGGCCAAUUCCUCUCCCUCUCCUAUUGAAAUCCUCCAGUCAGUCAUUGCACAAAAUACCCCUGGUAAUUACAAAUAGGCACUUAAAGACAGUUUAGGUCAGAUGUGCAGUGGAUGUGAAGGAAAUGGAAAAAAACAACACAGAGGGAAAUGACAGUUUUGAGCUCUACAAGUAGCACACCCGUGGUACAGAAAUUCUUUACUGGCCUUUGUAAAUUACCAAUUUUAUUUAAUAAAGUAGAAAUUGAAUAGUCUUAGACCACCCCUAUAAAAUGUGUUUAAGUUACCAUAGGUUUUGCAGUUUUUAGCCACAAAGAUGGGAUGUUGAAGUGAAUCAGGCAGCAAAAUCCUAGUUUUUGAGCAUUUGGAACUAUCAUGGAUUGUACUAAUACACCACCAGAUUCUCCUACUUCUCAGCAUUAACAAAAAUUACACCAAAGAACCUGGGAUGAAUUUUAAUUAAAUUAUUGUUUUUAUUUAUUUUCUUUUGAGGACUGGAUGGGACUCCCUUUGGAGCCUGUAUAACUCAGAUGUUUAAUUUAUCUGAAGGUCAGUGAUGAGCAGAUGUGCAGCACUGGCUCUCUCCUGCUGAGCAGCCGAAUCCCUCCUUUCACUGCUCUUUCUGGCCCAGGAGCAAGAGAUUGGAAGUGCAAACAAAACCUGGCUCCUCCUUCAUCAAGGCAGUGCAGAGCACUACCACUAAGCCACUGGGCUGGCCCUGAUCAAUUAUUUUAAGCCUUAUUUAUUUCAAAAUCGUUUCUCUCUAAACUGGAGGCAUUUCAGUUGAUUGCAGUGAAAUUUAGGAUAUAAUGGCUACAGUCUAGAAUUCAAAACCAGCAAAAGAAACUUUUCUCACUCUGGUUUAAAAAAAAAAAAAAAAAAAAGACAUGUCUAUCUGUCUUUUUCUCUCUCUGUGGGUGUUUGAGCCCCUCAUCUGUUUUUCACUGCCGUUCAUUGUACUAGCGUAAACAAAACUUUCAUAUUAAAAUAAAAGGAUGUGUGGGCAAUGGUUGGCUUCUGUGAGAGUGGAAAAUAGAUAAAACUAGGACAGGUAUUUUCAUAAACCAGUUGGAGACAACUAAUAAUUAUUUGUUCUCUUCCUCAGUCCUUCCCUUCCAUGAGAAAAUUUACUGUUUGUGUAAAAAUUCAAAACGUUGAUGUUGGUGACUUUUUUUCAGCAUCUGUUUUUGUACCUGGUUUAUCCAUGCUUGGCUUUUCAUUAGAUCUUGUACUCCUGAAGGCUGAGCUGCUAACCAGGUUUAUAACAUGUAUGUACCAUCACUUUGUUUACCUGUGUCUUUUUAAUUUGAAUAAAAAUAGUUUGCAAAGUGUUUUGGAUUAACCAGGUUUGACUGUUCCAUUAAGAUUUCUUAGGAUUUUAUUUCAAGUAAUUCUGGCUGUUACUGAUCCAGAUGUUCUCAAGUCCUUGGUACAUGUGUGCUUGUGUGUGGAUAAAAUAUCCUUUUUCUAUUGUCCUGUGUUUUUUUGAGAUGUGCCUGUAGGUGAUAAAAACAGUGGUGUUGAGAAUUGAGCCAUAAUGAGCAUGAACAGUGAACCUUGAAAAAUAUGUGAAGCAUUGGGAACCAGCUGAGUGGAGGUUGUAAGAUUCAGUCAGUCCCAGAUGUCCCUUUAUUAAUUGGAUUGAAAAUAAACAGCAAGCCUUAAUUUCA